GGCCAAGGGGGAGGUGUCUGAUGAUCCUUCGAAAUUCCGACCGAUUGCUCUAGCAAACACGUCCGGGAAGAUCUUUUUCACCUUAGUUGCAAAGCGCCUCUUGAAACAUAUGCUAGGCAAUAAGUUCUUCGAUGGUGACAACCAGAAAGGAUUUAUGCCUGCAAAGGCUGGGUGCUUAGAGCAUACAUCACUUUGUUAUGAGGCGAUGCGUGAUGCAAAGACGGCAAAACGCCAAAUUUGCAUUGCGUGGAUAGAUUUGAAGAAUGCAUUUGGUUCAGUGCGCCACAAUCUGAUACAGUAUGCUCUAACCCACUACAGCCUUCCUUUGCAAUUCAGGAAAUUAAUUUUUUCCUACUACGACAGUCUUUGCGCUUUCGUCGUACAACCACACACCCCCACCUUUAAUUACAACAUUGGUGUUUUCCAGGGGUGCCCCUUGUCCCCGGUCCUUUUCAAUAUUUGUUUCCAGCUUCUGCUGGACUCACUUGCAGCCCCUGAAUUAAGUUGCCUCUCCUAUGAUUUUAAGUCUGCCCCUUUGCAAGUGUCCCAAACAGCUUUUGCUGAUGACUUAGGCCUCUAUAGCAAAUCUAGUGCAGGUUGUCAAAAACUCAUUGCGGUCACGGAGGACUUUCUCUCGUGGACCCAAUGUAUGCAGGCGGCGCCGCACAAGUGCAAAAGCAGUGCAGCAAAGCUUGUAGAUGGCCGGUACAAACCUUACGAUCCCUGCCUGACGAUGUCAGGGAGGAAGAUCGCUUUCAUUGACACUGCAGAGUUCAAGUUCCUGGGGCGAAGGCUGCAUGCUGAUUGCUCUGAGCAGACCCAGCGGGAAGACAUCCGUCAACUCAUUGUAUCUCUCAUGCAAAAAGUAGAUGGCUCUUGGCUUCAAGACCACCACAAGCUAUGGCUUUACCACCAUCUUGUAGUGCCCAAGCUUUCUUGGUCUUUCCAGGUUCUUGAACUCACACAAGGUUUUGUACGUGAACUGCACUUUAUGUGUUUACCAUUUCUGAAGAAAUGGUCAGGCCUACCUCGAUGCGCAAACUCUGCCAUUCUUUUUAUUGGCAGUCGCAAACGCUUUGGCUUACGCCUCCACUACCUUCCUACGGUGUGGAAAAAGUGCCAGUCCAUCAAAUGGCACAUUCUUCGAUCGAGUGGGGACGCGCGCAUGAGGGCGCUGUACACUCUGCGUCGGAGUAAGGAUGCGAAGCUGACAAAGCGAUAUGCGGCGACAAUAGAGCUGGAGUGUGCAGAGGCAUCAGUAGGUUCAGGGACUCUCCGUCCACCGUCAUCUUCAAGUCAUCGUGCAGGGUUGGGUGCUCGUGCUCCGAAGCAGCAUUCCAAACCCCCGAGGAAGGAUCUCCUUCAAACAUUUGAGAAGAUCAAUGCGCAGGAGCAGAUUUUGAGGCUGAAGACUCUUCAGGUGCAAGGCAAGUGGUUGGAGUGGACAUCGGUGAUGUGGCAGGACCUCUCGUGGAAAUCCCUUUUGUACGGUGGUACUGGUAAGGAUUUGAAAUUUCUUCUCGCAUCAACCCUCGACGUGCUACCUUCUCCGACGAACCUACGCCGUUGGGGAAACACCGUAGUGGAUCCGUACUGUAGUUUGUGCCGUACCUGGGCCUGUACAACGCGCCACGUGCUUGGCGCUUGUCGCGUAGCGCUGGACCAGGGACGUUACACCUGGAGGCACGACAACGUACUCGGGGUCAUCGCCAGGAACAUGCGUGAGGAGAUUCGAAUCCGCACUGCUGCAAACACCGUACAAACCGAAAAUUCAAAUGAGCUUGACUUCAUCUCGUUUUGCAAGGCGGGAGAGAAGCCAGUUCGCGUUCAGCCCAGACGAAAGUUGGUUACGACUGAUCUCCUGUCAGCGGCCUCAGACUGGAAACUUCUUGUCGAUUCAGUUAGUGCAAAGAUUUCUUUCCCUAGCUGUGUUGCACUUACCACCCUAAGACCAGAUAUAGUUCUGUACUCUACGAGUCGUAGGAUUGUAUUCUGGAUGGAGUUGACAGUUUGUGCUGAGGACAGAUUCAGUGUCAGUAACUCGCGGAAGGACAGGCGGUAUGCGGAUCUGGCCGAUCAAUGCCGAGCAAACGGGUGGCAGGUCGUUUCUUUUUCGGUUGAGUAAGACGUCUCUGCGAAGCAGCUACAUCAUCUGGUUGCGGCGUCAACAAAAACACUGGUCGGAAGAUCCACUUUUCUGAGGUACUGUAUGUGGGGCUCCGUUUAUUGAGGUGCGUUGAAAUAUAUUCUCUUUAUCUUAUUAUUUCUUUUCUAUAAUUUCCCCAUAUGAGUUCCUAUCAGUUGCUGUGAACACCUUGAGUGGAGAGCGCUUGCUCGAGCGUUGAACCUGGUUCUUAAUCCACCAUACCCAGUUCGCAAGGCUGGGCGGGGUUGUGAGCAGGCUUUUAUUUCGUCUUUUCUUAUUAUUUCUUAUUAUUUCUGCUUUUCAUCUCAUUACAAAAAUUCUGCGCCUUUUCUCCAUCUGCGCAUAAAAUCUAGACUGACAACCUGCUUGUUAAAUCAUGCACCUGCUUUCAGGCGUAAAACCCUGUUGUAGAGGUCUCAGUCCUCAUUUGUUAGACUUACCUGUCUUUAUAAAUGUAACUUACUCUCUCUCUCUCUCUCUCUCUCUCUCUCUCUCUCUCUCUCUCUCUCUCUCUCUCUCUCUCUCUCUUUCUCUCCCCU